AUUCAAAGAUUAAGCAGACUGAUGAGAAUGGCGUUCCUUAUCUCAGAGGCAGAUAACAUCGAGGACUACCGUACUCAGAUUAUGUCCACAUUUGGGCAAGUCCUGAAGUACGACUCCACCAAGAAGAUCUGCAAGAAACUCUCCGGCGAUGGAAAAGGCACUGCAGAGUGGUGUACCAAUGUGGCCAACGAGCAGGGGCAGAUCCUCAUAUCUGUUCUCACCUGUGAGGAGUCAUUGGAGAAGAUGAGGCCGAUGGCUGAAGGCCUCAUGGAGAGGUACAGGAGAGCUGACGAGGCACCGCCCGAGCUCAUGUAUGUGGAUCGUGGCUGCUGUCGCGUCCAUGCCGUGUCCUCGGUUGAGCAGCUCUUCAGUGACUGGACGGACAGGGGCAUGCUGGUACGGCUGGACAUCUUUCAUUGGAUCCAUCGAUUCGAUGCAGCCCUACGGACAGAUCAUCAUCCAAAGUAUGCCCUGUUCAAGUCUGCCCUCUCUGCUGCCGUCUUUGCCUACAACAAAGACGACAUGGCUCUUCUGGUACAGGCGAUACGUGCCGGUCACCCAACCAACGAUGCCUCCCUGACUGACAGCCAGAUCAUCGAGCUGCGUGUCAGUAAAUAUGACCUCAGCCAUUACGUCAGGAGGAUCACAGUUGGUGCACAGGAAACAUGUGCGCGCGUGCAGUGCGCCAUUGAUCUCCUGAAGGGAGCCGCAGGGAUGGAUGAGAACCAGGUGCAUCUGUUUAAGGACUCUGCAGCCAUCGACCACGUCUGGGAGAACCAGCAGAAGCACCUUGAAUGCAUCCAGGAUCCUCCAGGGAGGAACAUGUACACCAUCACCAAGUAUGUGACCCGUAACGGUGUUCGUCUUGCGCGGUACAGUACGGUGAGAGGAAGCAACAGUCUGGAGGGCUUUCAUUCCUUUCUGCCUGACAUGAUCCCGGGACCCCACUGUGCUGCCGUCCCGUUUCAAAUCUAUCUGUUGGCUGGCAUCGCACGCUGGAACUCUAACAGGGAGUCAGCCAGCGUCCAAGGGCGGAAAGGGAGGAAACAUAUGGUGUACAUGUCUCCUCUGGUCCAUCGCCUAAACCAAAGGUGCCAGGAGCUAUUUGGGGAGGUGGAGGAGGCAAACUACAGGCCUCCGGUUCCUGCUGGUGAUGAGCGCAUUGGUCUGGAGUACCUGUUUUCCCAGUCCUCAGAGCCCUUCAGUGCUCCUGAUCAUUACGCUCAGACUAGAGAGACACUUCAGGCAGAUGAGGAUGAGGACGAAGAUGUUCCUGCUGGGGUGGCAGAGGAAGAGGAAGAGCUGCAGGAGGAAGAUGAUGAUGUGGGCUACUCCUCAGACCGCGAGAGGGACAGCCUGACUCCUCUGAGGAACCGUCUGUGCCUCACCGAUCAGGCAGUGGCUGCUGAAUUUGACCCCUGUGUGGAGGACGUGUGCGGUCCCAAUCAUCUGCCUGGGUACCAGCACGUAGAGGAUCUGUGUAAAGUCCUUGUUGAGAUCGCCCUGGAGGAAGGAAAACUUGCCUUAAAUGAGUCGACCAGGCAAAAGGUCAUCAGCGCCUGGAACAAGCUUGACCUCCAUGACCGCAGCAUCCAACAAUUCGACAGCCUCUACUCUGCACGCUGGGGCAAUGCUCUGUUUGGCCGCACCAGUGGAGAUCCAACUGAGGCGUCCCUGGUGCAGAAGCUCAAGUUCAGCAAGCGGUACUCAGCCGCACACUUGGUGGACUCCAGAAAGAACCGGCUGAUGUACUGCCUGGUCAAACAGCUGUGGCUUCAUCCUGGUGUUGGAGGAAAAGCUAAAGGGUCACCGCUGAAACAGCAAAUCACUAAACUGUACCAGCGUGUGCAGCAGAGAGUGACGGUGGACGAUGAUCAGCUCAGCAAACUCGGGAUUCCCAUUCUGAAAAUAAAUUCAAAGUGCGUGAGCGAGUUCAUCAGGAGGCAGGAGGCACUGUCAGCCACAAACGUCACCGACCAGGGUCUGUCUGUCCUCCGUCGUCACCAGAGCGUCUCCAGCACCAGCCAGCCCCCCGCUGAGGAGCUUCCAGAGGAAAGACCCCAUACCAGCCGGCCUGCAGUGCAGUAUCCCAUCACCACUUCUCUGGCCGGCACCCGAAAGUUGAAGCAAAGGCUCCCGCAAAUCUUACCUGUCCCUCCCUCUGCUCUUGCUCAACCAGUUCCUGCGCCGGCCCAUUCGAUGCCCGCAGGACUCCGGCACACACACACUCCGCUGACUGCACCUCCCGCUGUUUCCUUGCCGCAUGCAUCCACUCCGCCACUGUUGCCCUCAAGAUCAACAGUCUACAAGAGGAAAAAGGCAGAACUCAGUGGCUCUGGACAUCCAACCUCAGUGAAGGUUUACAUCUGUGCUCUGUGUGGCCAACCAACUCAAGGCCACAAGAAAUACAGAAAGAAGAGCUACUGUGAGAGCUCCAAAGCCUCCACGUCCACAAACCUUGCUGGGCUCUCAGUCUCAGGCCUCCGAGUCUGUCUAACUGGACCUCUAUCCAUGUUGCGGUUCAUAGUUCUUGACUUGUAACAGUGUUAUUGUUGCAAAAAUGGAUAUGUUAUAAUAACAGUUGGUUGUUUGAAAGUUUACAGUGUUUUACACUAAUCUGUUGAUUGUUGUAACACUGGUAUUGAUGCAAAAAUGUAUGUUAUAAUAACAGUUGAUUUUUUAAAAGUUUACAGGUUUUUACGGUUUGCACUAAUUUGUUGACUGUUUUUUACACUUAUUGUUGCACAAAUGUUCGCAAUAUUAACAGUUGACUGUUUCAGAGUACACAUAGUUUUAUACUAAUUUGUAGAUUGUAACUUAUUGUUAAUUUACAAAAGUU